AGAUACUGACAGGGCAGAUACCGCCCUCACAAUACCUGCCCAGAAAGACGAGAAAGAGGAGGAAGAAUUCCUCCUUCCACCAGGAAUUCUGUGGGAAGCACAUAAGAUUUCAUGCUACUAGUUUAUUCCCAAGAGAAGCUACCAAAGCCUGGUAACUCUACCAACUCUAACUUUUGUGUCUGUAAGUGCUCUUCUCCUGGGAUUACAACUAAUUGAAACGGGAUUCAAAGGAGUCUCAGAGGACUGUAAGAAGAAUGCUUCGAGGCCGAUCCCUGUCUGUAACAUCCCUGGGUGGGCUUCCCCAGUGGGAAGUCGAAGAACUUCCUGUGGAGGAGUUACUGCUCUUUGAAGUUGCUUGGGAAGUGACCAAUAAAGUUGGAGGCAUCUAUACUGUGAUUCAGACAAAGGCCAAAACAACAGCAGAUGAAUGGGGAGAGAACUAUUUUCUGAUAGGUCCAUAUUUUGAGCAUAAUAUGAAGACUCAGGUGGAACAGUGUGAACCUGUAAAUGAUGCUGUCAGAAGAGCAGUGGAUGCAAUGAAUAAGCAUGGCUGCCAGGUGCAUUUUGGAAGAUGGCUGAUAGAAGGAAGUCCUUAUGUGGUACUUUUUGACAUAGGCUAUUCAGCUUGGAAUCUGGACAGGUGGAAGGGUGACCUCUGGGAAGCAUGCAGUGUUGGCAUUCCUUAUCAUGACCGAGAAGCCAACGAUAUGCUGAUAUUUGGAUCUUUAACUGCCUGGUUCUUAAAAGAGGUGACAGAUCAUGCAGAUGGUAAACAUGUCGUUGCCCAAUUCCAUGAAUGGCAGGCUGGAAUUGGACUGAUCCUUUCUCGAGCCAGGAAACUUCCUAUUGCCACAAUAUUUACAACCCACGCUACACUACUUGGGAGGUAUCUCUGUGCAGCAAAUACUGAUUUCUACAACCAUCUUGAUAAGUUUAACAUUGACAAAGAGGCUGGGGAAAGGCAGAUUUACCACCGGUACUGCAUGGAGCGAGCUUCCGUUCAUUGCGCUCACGUGUUCACCACGGUUUCUGAAAUAACAGCAAUAGAGGCUGAACAUAUGCUGAAGAGAAAGCCUGAUGUAGUUACUCCAAACGGCUUGAAUGUUAAGAAAUUUUCAGCAGUGCAUGAGUUUCAAAAUCUACAUGCCAUGUACAAGGCCAGAAUCCAAGAUUUUGUUCGAGGUCAUUUCUAUGGUCAUCUCGACUUUGAUCUUGAAAAGACUUUGUUCCUUUUCAUUGCUGGGAGGUAUGAGUUUUCAAACAAAGGAGCUGACAUCUUCCUAGAAUCCUUAUCCAGGCUAAAUUUCCUGCUGAGGAUGCAUAAAAGUGACAUCACAGUGGUGGUGUUUUUCAUUAUGCCUGCCAAGACAAAUAAUUUCAACGUGGAAACCCUGAAAGGACAAGCAGUGCGAAAACAGCUGUGGGAUGUUGCACAUUCUGUAAAGGAAAAGUUUGGAAAAAAACUCUACGAUGCAUUAUUAAGAGGAGAAAUUCCUGACCUGAAUGAUAUUUUAGAUCGAGAUGAUCUAACAAUUAUGAAAAGAGCCAUCUUUUCAACUCAGCGACAGUCAUUGCCCCCAGUGACCACGCACAACAUGAUUGAUGACUCCACCGACCCCAUCCUCAGCACCAUUAGGCGGAUUGGACUUUUCAACAACCGCACAGAUAGAGUCAAGGUGAUUUUGCACCCAGAGUUUCUAUCCUCCACCAGUCCCUUACUACCCAUGGACUAUGAAGAGUUUGUUAGAGGUUGUCAUCUUGGAGUAUUUCCAUCAUACUAUGAACCCUGGGGUUAUACUCCAGCUGAAUGCACUGUGAUGGGUAUCCCCAGUGUGACCACGAAUCUCUCCGGGUUUGGCUGUUUCAUGCAGGAGCACGUGGCUGAUCCUACUGCUUACGGUAUUUACAUCGUUGACAGGCGGUUCCGUUCUCCAGAUGAUUCUUGCAAUCAGCUGACUAAGUUUCUCUAUGGAUUUUGCAAACAGUCACGCCGCCAAAGGAUUAUCCAGAGGAACAGAACUGAGAGGCUCUCAGAUCUUCUGGAUUGGAGAUACUUAGGCAGAUAUUACCAGCAUGCCAGACACCUGACAUUAAGCAGAGCUUUUCCAGAUACAUUCCAUGUGGAACUAACAUCACCACCAACGACAGAAGGAUUUAAAUAUCCCAGGCCUUCCUCAGUACCACCUUCUCCUUCAGGGUCUCAGGCCUCCAGUCCUCAGAGCAGUGAUGUGGAAGAUGAAGUGGAGGAUGAGAGAUACGAUGAGGAAGAGGAGGCUGAAAGGGAUCGGUUAAAUAUCAAGUCACCAUUUUCACUGAGCCACGUUCCUCAUGGGAAGAAAAAGCUGCAUGGUGAAUAUAAGAACUGAAUUCUACAUGUGCUGCAUUAAGAGCUAAUUUAAAAAAGCAAAGUAAGACUAAUUAUUUAAAAUAAAAGUGCCACAAAUUUCAUUUUCUCCUUCUAAGUAUUACAAUGGAGUUUAUUCUCUGCCUAAAAAGUGGAAGAAAUUGAGUGAGUGACAAUUUUGUAAUUUAGAAUAAGAUCCAAAUUAUUUUCCUCAACUCUUGUUUCCCCCAUAAAGUUAGGCAUGAGGAGGAGCACUCACUAAAGGCAGAAGACGGAAAAGUGUUUUUAAAAUGGUGAAUUUAAGUGGUAAGGAUUCCCUCUUACUCUGUUUAUUUUUAAAUUAUCAUCAUAAUCCUUUGCUUACUAUUUAUGCAGCUUCUCUACCCCACCACACAAAUUUCCCAUUUCCCCCCUGAAAACCUUGAUCUUACCCAUGAAUGUGCACUACCUACAUAUUUUAAAUAGCUAGGUUUUUACUGACUAUUUUCAUUUUUCACAUGCAUCAGAACCAUGAUUUAGAUGUAGUUUUGCAGAGACAAAAAUCCAUGAGUGAAUAGCUAUCCUAAGUCCAUAUUUUGAUGCAUAUUAAUGGACAUUUAUGUCACUUUUGAAAUCUAGAAUUGAUGUUGUAAUUAAUGCAAGAUAUUACCAUGUACAUGGUACCACCAUCUUACUGUAACAUUUUUCUAUUGUUUAAAUAGAAAGCCUUUUUAAAAUUUGGUCAAUCUUCAUAGAUGAUAACUUGUAAAAUCCAAGUAAAUAAAUACAUUAAUAUUUAAUAACUUAACUUUCACUGAUAAUGCCUUGCUUCUUCAUAGAUGAUAAGUUGUUAAAUCCAAGUAAAUAAACACAUUAAUAUUGAAUAACAA